AUGGACAGACGAAAUCGAGACAAUUCCAGUGCCACAAACAAACCUCAGCAAGUCAACCUCCUCGGUGCUAACUUUGCAACAGGUGGCAGAUAUGAAAUAAUUGAUAUUAUUGGAAGUGGAGCUUACGGCGUCGUAGUAUCUGCAAGAGAUACAACCACAGGGGAGCGAGUUGCAAUUAAAAAGAUAGAAAAAGCGUUUGAACACCCUACAUUUACCAAAAGAACUAACUCUUUCCUUUUUUUUAAGAAAAAAUCAUUGUAUUUUAUAUUAAAAAAUUUGUUUUUAAUCAUCCAUCUAAGAUUAAAUACCAUUUGAAAUGUUUUUUAUAGAAUUCGUGACUAAGAGAGCUGAAAAUCCUACGUCUGCUUGACCAUGAAAAUAUCAUGAAAGUCAGAUCAAUCCUUCUCCCCAGUAACAGGGACGAUUUCGAAGAAAUUUAUGUGAUUUGUGAACUUUUGGAGACUGAUUUAUCAUCAAUUAUUAAAUCGCCUCAGUCUAUAACUGAUGAGCACUGCCAAUUCUUUUUGUAUCAAAUUUUGAUAGGUGUAAAGUAUAGGUAAUCCAAUAAUUUUUUCUAUAAUAUAAUUAUAUAUAAAAUAAGAGCUUAUAAGGAUAAAAGGUAUAUAUGGCCAGUGCUUGCAUAUUGCAUAGAGAUUUGAAGCCAAGAAAUUUAUUAGUAAAUUCUAACUGUGACUUAAAAAUUUGUGACUUUGGACUUGCCAGGCCUUAUAUCAAUAACUUAAGGAUCACGUCAGCACAGAUGACGGAUUACGUCGCUACAAGAUGGUACAGGGCUCCAGAAGUGCUGCUGGCUUGCAGGAAAUAUUCAUCAGCAAUGGACAUGUGGUCAGUUGGGUGUAUUUUUGCCGAGCUGCUACUAAGAAGACCUUUACUACCUGGAAAUGACUCUAAUCACCAAUUAGAAUUAAUUUUUAAUUUAUUAGGAACUCCCAAUGACGAAGAUAUUGAAGCAAUUCCUAACCAAAAAUCCAAAGAAAAACUCGCCACAUUUUCCAGACGUGAAGGAAAAUCCUUACAAGUGGUUUUCCGCAACUCAAACCCAGACGCCGUUGACCUUCUCAAAAGAAUGCUAGUUUUCAACCCAGAUAAAAGGAUUUCUGUAGAAGACGCCCUUGCCCAUCCUUAUUUAAGUACUUUUCACUGUGAAGAAGAUGAGCCAGUCUCUGACCCAGUCUCGAUUUUUGAUUUUCAGUUUGAGGAGCAAAAUUUGUCAAUUCGGGAGCUUAAAAGCUUGAUAUAUGAAGAAAUUUUAUUAUUUUUAAUAAAAUUGUAUAUAAAAAUAAUUAAAAUUAUUUUUUUAAAAAAAUAUUUUAAUAUAAAAAAGAAUAUAUCAUAAUGCUGAUUUUAAGGAAAGAUACAAUAAAGCUAAAGAAGAAUAUGUAAGAAAUUCUCCAGCAGAAAAUAGAGCUAGAUCUAGUGGUUUUGAAGAAGUGGACGAAGAGGAAGAGGUAAAUUAA